CCCAAAAUGUCCUCCAAUAUUGAAAUCACCGACCUCUCUUUUACAUUUGGUGAAUGUAAUAAUAUGGAGGAGACAUGCUGAUCAUACUUGGUGAUGUGGCGUCCCAUAUAAAUAUCCUCAAUACACAUACUAUUGGUUUCAUUACUGGAGACUGAAGAGGGCUCACACAGAAAUCAGCUUGAACUAAUCAUGUGCCCGUCUUUUGGGCCUUUCUCAGAGAGGCAAGCUGAUUGAUUACUUGAAAAUAGGCCCACCCAUUUACAAGAUAUAUAAUGGCCUGUCAACAAUAGUCGUAAGCACAGUUAGGCCGGAGCGGCGAGUCCACCCCUUUUGACAGGGCGUCACUCUACUUGUUGUCUUCCAGAGGUGGAUCUCAUUUACUUUGACCUGAAGGGCAGCUUUGUCAACCUGCAUCUUUUGGUCUUAAGUAUGGGGAAUGAGCAUUCCAAGAACAAAGGUCCAAGCAAGAUCAGUCAGUGUGAUAAAAAUGGAGGACUGAAUGGCCUGGCAGCAAACAUCACAACCAAUGGAUUGGACAUUGAUGCCAAAACUUUGAACCAAAACCAACAAAAUGGCAAGGCUGCAGCAUUAAAUUCCGCCACAGAAUCUGACUAUGUGGUGAUCCACUCGGACAGUCAGCAAGUUGAAGUCAUACCCGAAAAGCCGGCCACCACCCCUGAGACAGAAGAGGCUGACAAACAUGAAGAAAGAGUGCAACUUUUUGACAAAAUCUUCAAAAAGAAAGCAGAACGAGAGGCACCGAUUGAGGCAGAGAAUGUCGUGGAAGAAGAGACCCAUCAGAAUAUUGUGAGAGAUGCAAGUCUUCCUGCCACUGACACACAGCUGGAAUCCAGUUCAAGCAGAGAAGAUGCAGACACCACAUCUGCACCCAAAGAAGAAGAUUACCUACAUCACCAAGUCGAAUCGUCCACUCAGACAGACAGAGAAAUUGAAGCAAAUAUUUCAACACAAACAGGAGAUGAUGCAAAGAGAACAUCGCCUACCAAGGUCCCGGUGGGAGAGAUGGAGAGAACAGAUCGAACCAAAGAACCAAGUGAAUCUGAUAUUGUAAUUGCAGAGGAGGCGUUUGAAGAGAGCAUACAAGAAGAAUCGCCCGACAACCAGGCAGCAGGGAUCACCGUUAAGGAAACCACUGUCAAUGUCAUUUAUGAGGAUGUGUUCAGGGCUGAGAGGAUGGAGGUGAUCGGUGAAUGUGAAAUCCAAAAUCCUGAAAAAGGGAGUCUAAAUGACUCUCAUGAAAUUGAUCCAGAAAUCCCAGUACAAUGUAAGCCAGUAGAAUCCACCACUGAAAUACCUGAAGAGGUCAACGUGCCUCAGCUUCAGGAAGGCGAAGGAGGCUCAACAGAUGAAAGACUUCUGAGUGAGGCUGCUGAGGCAGAGGUCAUCAUCCAUGAUAACAAGGGAAGAAAUGACAUACCAUCAGUCAAUGUUGAACCGCUAAUCACAAUGAUGGAAACAAUCUCAGAGGAGGAAGAACAUUUAAUUCUGGAGAGAACAGAGCCAGUCUGUGAAAAAGGUAUCAAUAUCGAUCACGGUUAUGUUGUGCUUGAGGACUCUUCAGAAGGGUCCACUGCUUGGCACAAAGAACUAUCAACCAUUGAUGAAGUUCCUGAAUAUCACUUUGAUCAAUGUUUAUGGGACACAGAAGUUUGCACAGAUAAACACAUUGACGUGACACCUGUUACAAAUACAGAAUCAGAUAUUCCUGCAGAUGGAAACAGGACAGAAAAGGAGAUACAAGAGGAAACAGUUGCUCCUCCAUCUCAGAACCCUGACUACGGAAUCGCCACGGCUCUGGGACUGGCCAGUGAUAGCCACCUGGAACUACAAGCCAACCCUGCAGUUAGAUUUGUGUCCUCCUUUGCACACCAAGAAACAGUACCUCCUAAUUCAGAGUCAACCUUUGUGGAGACCAUUAUCGGCACUAACAACAAGCUCACCUCUGGAGAAUCUACACAGAAGGAAACCAAGGCAGUCCUAGGAAGUCUGGAUGAAGACGUACCCAUUCAAGGAUCAUCAUCUCAAUGUGAAGUCACAGAGGCAUCUGUGCAAGCUGUGGCAUACCGCUCGGAACUACUCAUCAAAAUCCCUGCUGUCCCAAAACAAGCUGUGGAGGAGACCAUCAUCCCGACUCAAGAUGACAUGCACUUUGAGGAAUUUACACAGAAGGAAACUGAAGUAGAACUUGAGAACAUUCAUGAAGAUACAUUUGUCAAAGAAUUUUCUUCUGACUGUAAUGUCACCAACACAUUUGGGGAAGCUGGUUUCUGUUCUCAACCGCCCACUGAAAUUUCUGAGACAACUAAGGUUGAGAAUGUUACCCCUGCUCCAAAUUACGCUGAGAAAUCUACACAGAUGGAAACUGACAUUGUCAUUAAAAGAGAAAAUACACAUAUCCACCAAUCAUCUGAUGAGGCAUCUUUAGAAGCUGUGGCAGAAGCCAAAUGCCCCCCACCACUUGAUCAAACACCUCCAAUCUGCAAGCCAAUUGCAAAGGAUGCUCAAAAUGAGAAUGACUUUGAGGACUUUAAUGAAAAUGGAGUGGCCCUGUGGAAUGUUCAUGAAACAAUGACAUGUGAAGCACAAAUAAUAUCUGAAGGUUCUUCGUCAGAAGACGAAUGUUUUGGAACACUCAAUAAAAUCCUUGAAAACGCCGACCCAACUGUAAAGGAGAUGAUCAUCUCUGCUAAAGAUGAGAGCCAUUUUGAGGAAACAUCUUCGGAAAACCCUGCAAUCUCGGAUGUACCCAAAGAGGAAAAUGACAGUCCUCCCAAUGAUCAGGGGUUGACCGUAAUCAUGCAUUUUGUUGAAGGGAUGUUUGAGAACCUUGACGUUUGUCAAAUCAGACAUAGAGAAAGAUGUGAUUUACAACUAGAACCAUUAACAGAAGAGGAUCUGGAUUCAUGUAGCUCAGUCCAUGAGGAACAAGUAGAAGAGAACAGUGUUGUCCAAACUGAGGAAACUCGCAAACCUGAUGCUCAAGAGUCUCUGUCCUUGAUUGAUAUGGAAGCUCCUCUCUCUUCUGGUGAUCCCUCACAGGAAAUCACUUCUCUUCCUGAGCAUCAACCCACAAUCCUCAAGACAAGUGGAUUCAUAGAGGAAGCAGAUAAAAAAUUUGACAAACAUGAUGCUUGUGUAGCAUCUUCGACAUGCUUUAAGACUGUCAUCAAGACCAUCGUUGGGGAAAUUAUUUCACCGGAUGCUGUUGAAGCUGAAUCUUGCCUUAGGGCCUCAGAGGAUGAAGCACCAGAGAUGAACUCAGAGGCUGAAUCAAGUGUGGACACAACAGAAAUUAGCCCUACGGAAGGGUGGUCGAACCAAAAGUUGGAAGACCAAGAGCACAUGGAAGCUUUACUUGGGAGGCUGGAGUCUUCAUGUGCAUCUGUUGUUGAAGAAUCACCCUACAGACUUGAAGGUUUUGACAUAUCUUCAUCAGGUCACAACAUCAUAGUUGUCAUCCAAGUAGCUUCAGAAGAAGAGUAGCAGUGAAAUACAACAUCAAUUUUGUUUGCCUCUUUACAUUUUUUUUUUAUCUUGUGCUUUCAAAUGUACA